GCGUGCGAAUAAAUUGUAACACUUAUCAUAUACUUACUGUUAAGACCUUGGUCGCUUUUCAACACUGCCCCAUUUUCAAAACAAAAUAUAGACGCCAUGGAAAACUUUUCGCUGCAGCAGUUAAUCGACCUGCAAAAUAUCCAGAAGGAACUAAAUAGCAACAAGGACACGUACCUAAAAACCUACCGCCAAGUACUGAAAAAGAAAUUUAGAUCAGAACUGAACAAUUUGGUCCGUGCUGAUUUUAAUAUAGUCAAAUCAGAGUUAAAGGUUCCACAAUUACCUCCACUACCUGCAGAAGAUGAAAACGCUACAUCCGCGGUACAGUUCAGCGAUACUGUCAAGGACUACGAAUUUACUAAGGACUGCUUGUCCUUGAUGUAGGACUGCUCUGAUCGGUCUUUGGUGCUGUUCAGCCAAUAUUUAUGCAGCACAGCAUAUGUGUGCUGCAGGCACUCAAUUGGGG